GCCUGGCUGUGUUGGCUAGGAAGGCUGACUAUAUUCCUGGGGUGCUGUGGCAUUUGGGUUCCACUGUGCUGAGUCAAUUGAGUGAACCGUCUGAGAUGAGGGCUCAACUAGAGCGAUUUUUCACCCAAGUAUACGCCAUCAGCAUCCCCGAGCGGGCAGGGAUUGGCCUAGAGAAGGUCUUCAACUACAUCGCCAACGGUGACUUUGAAGUAGGGUACCGCUUUCUCACCGGUUUGAUGCACCAGAAACCCUUCGCCAACGAUCCGGCGCUCCAUGGCUAUGCCGGUAUACUCGCCAGUGUGAUCUUUUUGGACAAGAGGCAAAAACGGAGCCGUAUUGAGCCUGAAGAGGAAGAAUCCCAAUCACAAGCCACAUGGAUGGAUACACAGAAACAUUCAGAGGCGCACGUCAACGAUGGAGGGAGCGUUCGUGACCGCAAGAAAGCGAUGACCCAUUUGCGUAAGGCGUAUAUGCUUGGAGCCAGAGAAGAAGCGCUGUUAUGUUUAGAACUGAGACUGUUAGAGGAGACGGAUGAUGAAUCGGCUAUGGAGACACUACUGCUGAAGUGGCUGAACUCUUCCCCCGAUAGUCCUUUUGUAAAACGGCUGUGGUACGUGUUUCUCACCAACUACGCUGUAGAGGCUGAUGAACCGGACAUAAGCGCUGCAAUGCUUUCGCUGGUCCAUUUAGAUCCCACUGACCAGUGCCUGGCCAAUGCGGCAGAGGUGUACGAGGAAGGUGAUAUAUCGCUAGCCACGCUGGUGACGGUGUUGUGCACCCGCUUGGACCACUCCCCAUUCCACCAGGACGUCAAGUUGUGGACUCAAUUGGCUGAUUCGCUCGAGGAGAAUUGGUAG